AUGCGAUCUUCGGCCCCUCGUUGGGGUCUGCAGCCCACAGAUUCCGGAGCAGGAGCUCGGAGCGGGGGCUCGGGGCCUCCAGAUGGGGACAUGCAGGCGCAGACGCUCCUGUCUCCAGGACCCCCGCAGGCCACGCCGCCCCUGACCCCUCCCCGGCGUCAGCGUGCCUGGGCACCCCGGGGCUUCCCGCGGCGGGCGCCUCAGCCGGGGCCUGCUGGGAGAGUGACCGCGGGCGAUGGUGUCCUGCGCCCGGACCGGCUCCCGCUCUGCCGCAGGGGGAGGGAAGACGCCACGCCGCACGGCCCGGUCUUCGUGCAGGAGCCGCGCCACGUCGUGUUCCCGCUGGGCUCCGAGGAGAAGCGGGCGAAGCUCGGCUGCGACGCCAGGGGGCACCCGAAGCCCCACAUCAGCCCCGUGCCGACCAUUGUCUGGAGAAGAGCCGACGGGAGGCCCCUGGCCGGGAAGGCCCGGAAGCGCGAGGCCGGCGGGGUGCUCGAAAUCCCCAACUUCCAGCAGGAGGACGCGGGCCCCUACGAGUGCCUGGCGGAGAACCUGCGGGGCAGGAACGCGGCCCGGGGCCAGGUGACCUUCUACGGUGAGCCCGCCUGGGUCCAGGUGAUGAGCGACGUCCGCGUGGCCAUCGAGGACAGCGUCUCCUGGGAGUGCAGAGCGACCGGGCGGCCGAGGCCCACGUACCGCUGGCUGAAGAACGGCGAGCCGCUGCUGGCCCAGCGGCCCCGGGCGUGGGGGCGUCGGCGUCUCCGCGGGGCCCGGCAGAGGGCGCUUGCUGGGCGCCCCGCGUUAGGGGGCGUGUGUGGGCGCGCGGGCAGCAUGCGCAGGGCUCAGGCGCGGCCUCUUACAGGCGCCAUGGGCGAGUACGAGCCGAAGAUCGAGGUGCACUUCCCGGAGACCGUGCCCACGGCCAGGGGCGCCACGGCCAGGCUGGAGUGCUUCGCGCUGGGGAACAGCCUGCGGCCCUCAGGCCACGCGCGGCCGGCCAGAGUCCAGCGGCCCCAGCGGCUGCAGCACUCCGAGUGGCCGGCGGCCGUGUCCCCCGCCCGCCUGGCCAGCGCACACCGAGUGAAAAGCGCAGAGCGGCCCUGCAUCCUCUGCUCUCUCGCAGCUGCGGGCCCGGAUUUUUCCAGAAGCCUCCUCAGAAGGGUGACUCUCGCCAGAGUGGGCGGCCAGGCGGUCAUCGAGUGCAAGCCGGACGCGUCCCCCCGGCCCACCUUCGCCUGGAAGAAGGGGCGGGACCUGCUGCGGGAAAAUGAGAGAAUCACCGUGUCUGAGGACGGGAGCCUCAGCAUCGUCAACGUGACCAAGGCGGACGCGGGCAGCUACACCUGCGUCGCCUCCAACCACUUCGGCACGGCCAGCAGCAGCGGGAGCCUGGUGGUCAAAGGUGAGGUGCUGUACCGGUGGGGCCGGCAGAGCAGCGCGGCGGUCAUCCAGACCGACAGGACGUGGGUGGAGCUGGCCCUGCCCCCGGACGGGGACUGCGUGGUCGAGAUCAGGCCCGUGAGCGACGGCGGGGACGGCAGCCGCAGCGCGCAGAUUCGGAUCCCAAAGAUAUCGAGGCUGGGGCGCACAGACCUUUCCCCGGUGACGACAGCGCCGCCGCCCAAAGUCGCCCGCCAGGAGGCCCGUCUCCCCAGCUCCCAGGCACCCCGGGGCGCUGCGGUCCCCCCCAGCGGGGCGCCCAGCGAAGACGCCUCCCAGGCGAGCCCCCCGUGCACCCGGUGCUGGCCGAGGAGUCCUGAAGGUGACCGCCCCGGGGGCUCGCUGAAGACCCAUCUGGAGGUUGAGGACAGGCGUGGAGUCCCCGGGCGGCCCGACCUGGCCGGCCUGCCGCUGGCCUCUUGGACGCCGGUCAGGCUGCGCCCUCGAGGCCGUCAGCACGGCGAACCUGCAGCCUCGUUUGCGGAGAAACAGCCACCUCCGCCGGCCCCUGAGGGGCGCCCCGGGCACGGCGCCCCCUGCACGGCGCCCGCCAGCCGCCGCAGCUGCUGA